AUGCUUUUCUUCAUCAUCACCGCCAUGAUAUCGACCUUCUUCAGCAAGGAGACCUACCACACCGUCCUCAAGCGCCGGCGCGCGACACAGCUCGGCCUGCCCGUCGAGCCCCAACCUGCAGCGCGCGAGCGCGUCCAAAAGUUCGUGACCACGGCUAUCGCGCGGCCUGUUCGAAUGAUGUUCACCGAGCCCAUCGUCUCGUUCAUUUGCCUGUACGUGGCCUGCGAAUUCGCCACCUUGUUUUCCUUCUUCGCCGCCCUUCCGUACGUCUUCGGCACCGUGUACGGCUUUGGCAUCGAGCAGCAGGGCCUAGUCUUCAUCUCCAUCGCUGUGGGCUGUGUCCUGGGGUGUCUAACGGUCCUGCUGUGCAACGCCGUCCUCUACCUCCCGCAGACGAAGAAAUACCCUCCACAGCGCACGCCGCCAGAGCACCGGCUGUACCCGGCCAUGAUUGGCAGCAUCGGGCUCCCGCUGGGUCUCUUCUGGUUCGGAUGGACGGCUCGCGAAGACAUCUCCUGGGCCAGCCCGGUGGUUGCCAUUGUGCCUUUUGCCUGGGGAAACAUCUGUCUCUUUGUGAGCACCAUGCAGUACCUUGUCGAUGUCUACCAGGGAACGACCAUUGCCAGUGCAGCGAGUGCGAACAGCCUGGCCAGGUACGUCCUCGCAGGCGCGUUCCCUCUGUUCAUCGUCCAAAUGUACACCAAUCUGGGUAUCGGCUGGGCUAGUAGUCUGCUGGGCUUCAUCGCGCUAGGGUUGAUGCCGGUUCCGUGGGCCUUUUUCAAGUUUGGACGAACGAUCAGGCAGAAGAGCAACUUCGACACGGUGACGUUUUGA